UUUUGACACCUGCAGUUUUAUGAAUAGUAGUUUUUAGUUGACAUAAAACAUAAUCUGCCAAAAUAUAAUGCUACAAAUUUUAGCUGAGUCUUAUGAGGGCAUGGAUUUCAGUGUAUUCAGUCUUAAACAGCGUCUUAUCCUCCAAUUGUGGAAAUAAAAAAUUAAUUUGUAAUUAAUCUAAUAGUUUAAAACAAACACAAAGCAUAGAAAUAACAACAAAAACAAACAAAAAACCAAACAAACAACUGAAUUGGUAUCCUAUCAUUUUCCACAACAUGAACCAAAGUAACAUUUUCUACUUUUGUAUAUACAAACAAACAAAGAGACAAACAAAAAAAUUAAUCAGUUUUAAGACACCAAUAUGCUGCCAUCGCUACUCUUUUUAUAUUUCGAGCAGCAGAAUGCCUAAUUUCCUGUCUUCCUGACUUGCUGCGUGCGCAUUGACGCAUCUUUCUGAGGAGCUGUAAGACAACCGGAUAACGGGAACCGAGAAGGGGGACAAGAGCAAAACGCAUCAGUCUGACAGACACAGACGGGUUCUAUUGUAUAACAGAGGCCUUCAAUUUUUCUCCAGCGGUUCAUUUAUCUCCUUCUUCUAUUUUCUUGUCCUCUCGCUUCGGAGGUAGAGACGGAGCGGGGCUGCGGGGCUCGGCGCUGCAUCGGCUGCUGGCGGAGGACCUGCACAUGUCGGCGCGGUGACGGACCGUUUGUUUCUCCGCCCUGAUACGGUUGGAGGACCGCAGGAAGAGGUGGCUGUGUGGAGUAAAGCGCGACAAGAACAACGUAAUAACCUUAGAGAAAAUAUAUAUUAAGAAUACGCGGGAUUGUAAAGACCGAGAGAAGAUCCGAUAACAACAAGAAGGACAACAGUGAUGCGGCAGCCGAGGUGGGCCCAGAUUGAUGAUUUUAUGAUAUCAUCAUUCACCGCCAGGACCGGUCACUGGUUCUAUUGAUAAGGAGAAUAAUCGAGGAGAAUAAACUAUAAACUGAGCUGGAGUUCAUUUGCUUGUUUUGAGCUGGAUAAACAGAAAUUAAUCGACUCGAUUAGGUGCCUGAUUGCAGUGAUUUUUAUGUUGGAGCGUUGCUAUAUGAUAACAUAUAGAUAUCCAGAUUUAGGCCGAUGACUUAGUCUGAGUGUGACGCCAAUACAGCAACAGAGGCGUGUGCAUCUAAGAAGACGCGCCUGUCUGAGCAUCAUCUGGUAGCUGCACAGGCUACUUCUGCGCUGGGGAUGAUACACAAGCCAUUUUUCAUCUGUGCGUAAAACAGAAAUUUUUCAGGGAUGCUGCUGCUGCCAAUUCCAGUCCGACUCUGAUAAAGACAGUAAGGCGUACACAGGAGUGGACAUCCAGAAAAUCUAUUUCUUCUCACCUCUCCUCCGCCUCUGCACCUUUCUUCCCCUUUAUUUCUCACCCCUCUCCUCCUUCCUUCUCCUCCACUAUACCACCCAUCUAGACCUAUUCAUUCUGAUCAAUUGAUCAUCCAUCUGUGAUUCAGAAAGCCACCCACUCUCCCAUCCUCUAGUCCAUUCACCCGCACAUCCUCUUAAACGCCUCUUUACGCAUUCAGUCUCGCUAAGGCGCGCACGUACUGACGCGCCACCGCCAUCUACAGCCAUCAUGGAGACGACCAAGCUUCCUCCGUCCAGCCCGUCCUCCCCCACCACCAGCUUCUCGGUGCCGUCUGCGGAGAAGGUGGACGGCUUCCCGCGGAGGUCCAUGCGCAGAGCCCGGCAGAGGAGGUCCCACAGCUCGUCCCAAUUCCGCUACCAGAGCUCCCAGGUGGAGCUCACCCCACUGCCCCUGCUCAAAGAUGCCCCGGUGGCAGAGUUACACGACCUGUUCUGUAAGAAGCUGCAGCAGUGCUGCGUGCUGUUUGAUUUCCUGGACUGUGUGGCUGACCUGAAAGGGAAGGAGAUCAAACGUGCAGCGCUCAAUGAGCUGGUGGAGAGCGUGGCCACUAGCAGAGGAGUCCUCAUAGAGCCUCUCUACCCAGAGGCUAUAAAGAUGAUCUCGGUAAAUAUCUUCCGCACGCUUCCUCCCAGCGAGAAUCCAGAGUUUGACCCAGAGGAAGAUGAGCCGACACUGGAAGCUUCCUGGCCACAUCUGCAGCUGGUGUACGAGUUCUUUCUGCGUUUCCUGGAGAGCCCGGACUUCCAGCCCUCCAUGGCCAAACGCUACAUCGACCAAAAGUUUGUCCUGCAGCUCCUGGAGCUGUUUGACAGCGAGGACCCCAGGGAGCGGGAAUACCUGAAGACCAUCCUGCACCGUGUCUAUGGAAAACUACUGGGCCUUCGAGCUUACAUCCGCAAACAGAUCAACAACAUCUUCCUCAGGUUCAUUUAUGAAACUGAGCAUUUUAACGGAGUGGCAGAGCUGCUGGAAAUUCUCGGCAGCAUCAUAAAUGGCUUUGCGCUGCCUCUGAAAGCCGAACACAAGCAGUUCCUGGUUCGGGUCCUCAUCCCGCUCCAUACAGCGAAGUCCCUCUCCAUCUUCCAUGCACAGCUGGCCUACUGUGUGGUGCAGUUUAUGGAGAAAGAUGCUACAGUGACUGAAUAUAUCAUCAGAGGGUUGCUCAAGUACUGGCCAAAAACUUGCACGCAGAAAGAGGUGAUGUUCCUGGGGGAGAUUGAGGAGAUUCUGGAUGUCAUAGAGCCAUCUCAGUUCAUACGGAUUCAGGAGCCUCUCUUUAAACAGAUAGCAGCCUGUAUCUCAAGCCCUCACUUCCAGGUAGCAGAGCGGGCUCUUUACUUCUGGAACAAUGAGUACAUCCUCAGUUUGAUAGAGGAGAACUGUCAAGUCAUCCUGCCACUGGUGUUUGCCACCCUCUACAGAGUCUCCAAGGAGCAUUGGAACCAGACUAUCGUUUCUCUGAUCUACAACGUGCUGAAGACCUUUAUGGAGAUGAACAGCAAACUGUUUGAUGACCUCACUGCCUCCUACAAAGUGGAGAAACAGAAGGAGAUGAAGCGAGAAAGGGAGCGUGCAGAGCUCUGGAGAGGCCUAGAGGAGCACCAGGAGCGCAGGAUGCAGAUGCUAACAGAGGCCGCCAGGAACCAGCGCAACCUUCAGGAGCGGGGCGAGAGAGGGGACCCACUGAGCCCUUCAUCCCUGCAGACGGCUCACUCCGACCAGCCUGAGCCCAAACCCAGUGGAGCUUCCUCCGGAGCCGGGGAAAGCGCCACCUAGGUGCUGCCUCAUAAAGAUAGGCUAACACUGGGGAGGGGGCAAUGGGUGUUAGAAGGCAGGGACUUGAGGUUGAUUUUGAAAAUAUUGGGAGACAAAAAAAGGUACCAAAAAAAAGCUCACAAUUCUUUUGAAACUUGUACCAUGGAGGUGGCAGCUUGUUGUAAAAAAAAUGGCUCAACCUCUGUGAUGCAAAACGGUACCUUCUUUCUGGCAGAGUUGUGUGAAACUGGUUCCGUUUUUGCUGUACACACAUCAUGUUGCAGAUCAGAAGAUGAAUAUCUAGAGGUGCAGACUUGUUUUAAAUAAAACCUGUUUUGUUAAACUGCAGGUCAGUACCUGAAAGUGGUAGCUGGCUCGCUUCAAAUCAGCCUCAAAACAGAUGUCUCUUCUGGUGCAACAAUUCAAGUCAUAGUCUGUGCUGUGGCCUCAUAUUUAUCUUUUGGUCUUAGAUGCUUAUUCCACACGUGGAUAGCACAAUGCAUUAAAAAAGAACAGAAGCAAUUUCACACAAACGUUCCCAGAGUUGUUGCUGCACAGACCAGACACACAAAACACUGACCCUAUGCACACACAUUUAAAUAUACAGGUUUAAAUUGAUUGGUCUCCGUUGACGAAAUAUAUUCUCUGGCCCCUUAGCCUAACCCUAAUAAAUCAAUGCAAAACCUUUACUAUCACAGUAAACCUUCCCUUAACCUUAUUCUAACCCUAACCCUAAAACCAAUUCUUUGGAUAAAAGAUUUACUUUGUACCCAUGGGGACAACAAUUCCAUCCCCACAUUCACAGGAAGUCCCCAUAAGGUACGUAGCUAGAUUUUUGUCCCCAUGAUGUCAGAAAAACAAGUACACACACACACAGAGGUGCCGGUAUUUACUGUAAAUAUCAGAAGACAAAGCUACAGAGAACAUAUACAGGACAAACAAAUCUUAAACUACUGAUUGGAGCACCAACAUAUUUCUAACACACAUUUUUGCACAUGCAGGUCUGGUUGUGGAGCUAACUUCUCUCCCAAUCUGCUGGGUUUCACCACAGGACGAGCCUUAAGUCCCUUAAAGUUAAAUUACAGCCGAUGAAGAUGGUGACACUGAUAUAAAGUACAAUAAUGUUCCUUCUUACUUGUUACUCUACUACUACUACUCUACUCUAAGUACUACUGAUGAUGAUGUUUUUAUAUAUAUAUACAUACGUCUCUGGAUAUUUCUGUAGUGUAUUAUGGGAGAAACACUAGUGUAGCAGAAACCAUAAAGGGGAAGGCCGACUCAAAAUCUGAAUUCACAUCACAUGUUCAACAUAUGAGGCCAUAAUGUGUGUGCUGAAAUUCAGCAGAAUUCCCCUUUAACAGACCUAAAACAUGGGAGGAAUGAACUGGAUUGGCAGCAGGUGUUUUUCUUUUUCCUUGAAAUUUUUGAUAUGUAUGGUGUGGCAGGUGUAUUUUAAAGGGGUCUUCCACUAAAAUCUUUACAUAAUUCAUAACUAAAGGCCAGAUUGCUUUUGUUUAAAGGUGCCCUGUAGUGUUUUCUUGUAUAACUCACAAAAAUGCAUCGUGUGUAUUCUGAAGGCUUUAAAAAAUGGAACAGUGAUGAAUGUGUUUCCUUCUUCCUAUUUGUAACGCAAAUUUGUUUAAAAUUUUUAAAUCCAGCUUUGCUUGUUCACUGCCGUCGCAGAUGACAUUUUCUCUACUGCCACCAGCUGUUGAUCAGUAAACAUGAACGAGGUUCUCAGUAUGGUGUAAAUUAUUCUGAGGACCUUAACAUAGUAAAAAAAACGAAAUCAAAUAAACAAAAACAAACAAACAAACAAAAAAAAACAACCCAAAUAAUUUCUGCAUAUGAAAACUUGCCAAAAGCUCCACAGGGUACCUUUAGUUUUAAUGUUGCAGCAUGUAGAGAUCAGUUUUUUGGUUGUACAAUUAUCAAACUUACCUUUUUCUUUGGUUUUACCUAUAAACUUGUGCUUUAGAACCCUUUUCCAUGUAAUAAUCAAUCAAAAAUGAAAACAAGCAGACUAGUAAAUCCCUUGGAAAACUGACACUACAAGAAAACGAAUAAAGCACACCACAGCUGUUUCAAACCAAAAGAAAAACACCAUAAUCCAGUUGGAUUUCUGACCCUGGAACGUCUGUAGAUUCAGCAGACCUUAUGCUGCUUGAUGGUAACCAUGGCGAUGACAACGUUUUUCAUUGUGAACCAACAAAAUCUGUUUAUUCUUGUCUAAUCAUUAUGAUAGAGUGAUGGGAUUAAGAGAGGGCGAAAAACAAACAAAAAUAUUUUAGCAAUAUUUUCAUUUAUUCAGGAUAAUCUGUGUUUUAGGGGGUUAAACACUAAGUGGGUGUCACACCCUAAUGUUUACCGCCCGCUCUUGUUUUUACUCCUGUUGCGUCCUUGAUGUUCACAUUGUCUUAAAGGUACCUUCCAUGUGAAUUUAUUUGAUAAAAAAUGACUUUGCUUUGUAAUUAUGUUGUUUAUUUAUUUUGUUUUUUUUGUUUUUGUAUGAUCUUGUUCAUUUUGUGGAAAAUCAAUACUGAUGCUAUUUAUUUUCUAUUUGAUCAGGAAAUGUAACCUUAUUUGAAAAUGAUGGUCAGGUUGUGUAUGCGUGCGUGUGUGAGUGUUGGUGUGUAUUCAGUGAGUGAACUGGUGAGUAGGAGAUUUGUGCAGAGAAUGAGAGAAAAUAGUGAUCUUUUUGCUUCUUUUUCUCUCUCUCUCCUCUCCUUCCUGAAGGACAGGAUUUGAAUUUGAAUGUAUCAUAGAACAUAAUGGCUUGCUUUGGGUUUUUUUUUUUAUUUCAAUGCUAGACAUACAGCUUCCUGUCGGUUCAUUCGUAACCAAACAUUCAAAAAUCCUUCCAACUUUUUUAGACACACCUCAGAUCAUGCCUGAAUCAGUAGUGUUUUGAAAUUCAUAAAAUUUACAGGUUUGAAAUCAAAGUUUCAACUUAAAUAAUCAGUCAUUUCAAACAGACAUGCAUCUCGGCCCUCUGAGUUUACAGGUUUUUCUAAGCAACUCAAGAUGUUAGGGUAGCAGUGAUGCUGUGACUUGCUAUUGCUUCCUGCAGAUGAAGUUAUUACUUUCAAACAUUUAUUGCAAGCAUUAUGCAGGGCAGCACUUCCCAAUAUCUGCAGUCAGGCUGAGUUUAGUCAAAAAUGAGACUGACACUUCAUUGUUGAAAUUGGUGAAAGCCCACCGGAGGCCUACUUACAAGCUAUUUCUGCUUACAACAUCUGAUAAAGCUUCUUAGUUGUAUUGGAGACAGCUCAGUAGGAGUGUCCAGGAUGUAUAACUUUAUGAUCAAUAACACAAACUCUAGUGUGGAGCUCUAGAAAAGUGUGGAUGAAGAUAACUACACUAAGACCAGGGAUGUCCCGAUCACGGUAUUAAAUGCCAUGAUUAAUUAAUCGUAACGAUUCCUCAAUAUCGUCACUUUAUGUAAAAGAUCACAUCUGAGCCAUAAGUGCAGAUCAACACAUCUUAUUUGAUAUAUUAUGUAGGUCAUCCUGCAGCCAUCCUCUAAAUGUAAGUCUUAAAAACUGCCAGAAUCUUAAUAAAUAGGGAAGAUAAAGUGGUUUUUGUGGAUUCUGUUCAGCAUUGUGACUAAGGAUCUACAUGGCCAAAACCUGCUUUUCUCACCAAGACAAUUCCAAAUUGAGAUUUUAAUAUGAGUCAAUGCGAAAGAAAAAGAAAAUAUGUUACCUCCACAGAUUAAUCUCUAUGCAUUUACACAUUACUUCUGACAGUCCUAAUUUUAACUUAAAGACCGGUAGGGAGUGUUCAUGGAAUUUUACAUAUUUCUAGCAUUGGGAAAUUAAUGCAAAAUAAUCAAGAAAAUCAUUGUUAAAAUCAGC